AAGAAGAAGAAGAAGAAGAGGCAACAGCAGCUCCGUGGUUCUGCAGUAGAACGGACACGACCGUACUGUUGUGAAUCGAGCAGAGAGAGAAAGAGAGAGAACGUGUGCGAAGGAACGUAAGGUAAAACGAGGAAACGACGGUCGGAAAAAACGUGUGUGCUACGCGUGUGCCGCGCUUGCGUGUGCGUGCGUGUGUGCCUAGCGCGCCCCGCGCCUGUGUGCGUGAGAGAGUGCGCGAGGAAGGUGUGCAAUAAUGUUCCGCUGUAUUCCGAUCUUCAAAGGCUGUAACAGGCAGGUGGAAUGCGUGGACAAACGCCACUGCUCCCUGCCUACCGUCCCCGACGAAAUCCUUAGGUACUCGAGAAGCCUCGAGGAGCUGCUGCUCGACGCCAAUCACAUUCGCGACCUGCCCAAGAAUUUUUUUCGACUUCAAAGGCUGCGAAAGCUCGGAUUAAGCGACAAUGAAAUCCACCGACUACCGCCUGAUAUUCAAAACUUUGAGAAUCUCGUCGAGCUCGACGUCUCUCGCAACGACAUACCAGAAAUACCGGAGAACAUCAAAAACUUGCGUUCCCUACAAGUUGCCGACUUCAGCAGCAAUCCUAUACCCAGGCUUCCUUCCGGAUUCGUGGAACUAAGAAAUUUAACAGUCCUUGGCCUCAAUGAUAUGUCUCUUUCACAGUUACCACCAAACUUCGGAGGUCUUGAAGCACUGCAGUCACUGGAAUUGAGGGAAAACUUGCUCAAGUCAUUACCCGACAGUCUUUCGCAGCUGAAAAAGUUGGAAAGGCUAGACCUUGGGGAUAAUGACAUCGAAGAAUUGCCGCCACACAUAGGUAAGCUACCUGCGCUUCAGGAGCUCUGGCUGGACCACAAUCAGCUGCAACAUCUACCCGUGGAAAUUGGCGAGCUGAAGACCCUCGUGUGCCUCGACGUCUCGGAGAAUCGGCUGGAGGAUCUGCCAGAGCAAAUCGGCGGCCUCGAGUCCCUCACCGACCUCCACCUCUCCCAGAACGUCAUCGAGAAGCUGCCCGACGGACUUGGUGAUCUCACCAAGCUCACCAUCCUCAAGGUCGAUCAGAAUAGGCUCUCGGUGCUCAAUGCUACCGUCGGCAGUUGCAUCAACCUCCAGGAGCUCAUACUUACCGAGAAUUUUCUGCUGGAGCUGCCCGUCUCAAUAGGGAAGCUAGUCAAGCUCAACAAUCUUAAUGUCGAUAGGAACAGUCUGCAGUCUCUGCCAACGGAAAUUGGCAACUUGAAGAAACUCGGCGUCCUGUCGCUGAGGGACAACAAGCUCCAGUAUCUACCGACGGAAGUUGGCCAGUGCACGGAUCUUCACGUCCUCGACGUCUCCGGGAAUAGACUACAGUAUUUACCAUAUUCCCUGAUAAAUCUAAAUUUAAAGGCCGUGUGGCUGAGCGAGAAUCAGGCGCAGUCGAUGCUCACCUUCCAGACGGACGUCGACGAGGAAACCGGCCAAGAAGUGCUCACGUGCUUUCUCCUGCCUCAACUCGAAUACCAUAACGACGAGAGCUCGCGUCUUGGCGCGAUUGUCGGCGUGCGGAACAACAACACGUCCUCGGCCUCGGCGACCUCGGCCGCCGGAACUGCUGGCGAGAUGCGCGAGAUCGGGGCCGGGAGCAGCGACGAGGAAGCCUGGUCGGAGCGGGAGCACUCGAGGACGCACUCGGUGAAGUUCUCGGAUGAGCCACCGGAGGCCGACAAGGAGACUCCAUUCGUCAGACAGAACACUCCUCAUCCGAAAGAGCUGAAAGCAAAAGCUCACAAGCUCUUUAGCAAAGGAAAGAACGACAGUCGUUCUGGCUCCGCGGACGAACAGGACGUCUCGCAAACGUUCGGCUUGGACAAGGUCGAGGCCGACGCCUUCAUGCACGAGGAUUUCAAUCGCUCCUUCGUUCAGCGGGAGGCCCAGGCUGCAGGCGUCUGCGAGCUGCCGAGGGCGGCCCCGAGUCCCGUUCAAAAGGAGUCGGCCAACGGCGGGGCGCACGCCGCCGUCACUAAGCCAGAGGCCAUCGGUUUUGAUGCAUUUACAAUAAGCUUAUUUUCAUACAUCGUAAUUAGCAAAAACUUGACGAAAGAAAGUAAAAAUUGUAUGGCGAAAAAAGGGUCGCAACUACUGAAUAUUGAAGUGUUAGUCGUAAAAGACGAAGAUGUGCAUACGAGGCGCGUUGUGAGCGAGGGAUCCUGUUUGCAGGACGCGGAGAUGGAAGAAUCGGUAACGCGGUCGAGGGUUGGGUGUAAUGAUGAUGACAAUGACGAUCAUGAUGAUGUCGAUGGCGUGGAGUCGGAGAGCGAGGAAAUGCAAAGGCAUGUCGAUUUUGCUAUAACCGAAGAUGCCGAUUACGGUGGUGCGGGUGAAUCCGGGAAGCCAAACAGGCUUCAUCGCCGGGACACCCCGCACCACCUGAAAAACAAGCGUAUUCACAGCUCAAUCGACAAGGACGAAGUUGCUUCCAUCAUUGCUCAGGCAUUGAUGAAAAAGACGGAUGAAGCGCCAACGCCGACAACGAUUGUUACGACACCCGGAGCUACCACCACCUACAAGACGUACACCGGCGAGUCCAACGAGAACGUCGACGGCCACAGUCAAGGUGCGUUAUCGGACACGGAGCCGUCGAUAGAGAUCCGUGAGGAAGAGUACGAGAUUCAAAUCGAGCGUACGACCGGAGGACUGGGAUUGUCCAUCGCUGGUGGAAUAGGUUCCACGCCCUUCAAAGGCGAUGACGAAGGCAUUUUUAUCUCGAGAGUAACGGAAGGUGGGCCCGCUGAUUUAGCGGGUUUGAGGGUUGGCGACAAGGUACUAUCCGUCAACGGCAUAUCCGUCAUUAACGUAGACCAUUACGAUGCCGUUGAGGUUUUAAAAGCCUGCGGUCGUGUUCUCGUUUUGGUCAUUAUCAGAGAAGUUACGAGAAUAAUGCCACCAUCGGAACAGAUGUCUGUCAGAAAAGACUCCGUAUGUUCGAGUAUGAGUACUAGCCGAGCACCGAGUGCGACAUCUUACGUAUCUUCAACCACGCUUUCCCAUAAUCUCGAGAACGGCGAAGCCGAUGAUACGAUAAAGCGGAAAAAUUCCGAAGCCUUGAUGAGCUCGGUGAAGCCACAGAGUCCAGAUCCAUUGGUGCCCGUUCUAGUUCAUACGACAUUGAUUAGAGAUCAAAAUGGAUUAGGUUUCAGCAUUGCCGGCGGCAAAGGCUCGCCACCGCACAAGCCCAACAGUGAUUCCAUAUUUAUUUCGAGGAUAACCGAGGGUGGAGUCGCACAGAGGGAUGGAAAAUUAUGCGUCGGUGAUAAGGUCGUAUCGAUAAACGGAGUUGAAAUGACGGACGCACGACACGAGCAGGCCGUGAGCUUAUUAACGGGCCUGGAGAGGUUCGUUCGACUGGUCGUCGAGCGCGAAAUACCUCUCUCCCAGGCGAAUCCAGCCAAUCUCACACCCGCGGAAAAGUCGCCCCUGGUAAUCGGCACACCCAAGCCUUACACGGGCCUCUACAGCGCCAACAGCUACAUGGCGAACAGACCGGGCUACGCGGGCUAUCGGCGCUCCCUCGACGCCGACAAAAUUCUCUCGCCGAGUCCCACCUCGAAGACCCCGGCAUCGGCGAAGAGCGAGCCCUCGCCGGCGAUCAACGGCAUCGCCAAAAUGAACGGCGUGGACGAGAGGCCGAAGAAGAUGGCGAGUCCGCCCGCGACCUCGACACUACCGCAACCGGCCCCAAGGCAGAGCAUCAGCCAGCAGUUGCCGGCCCCGAGAUUCAACUCCCAGGUAGCCGCGGCUGCCAGCGUCACGAGCACCAGCACCAUCACGACAACGCUCGGCCAGGCGCCGACUUGGACGUCCACGUCGACGCCAACGCCAACGCCGACGCCAACGCCGACGCCGACGCCGACGCCGACACCGACACCGACACCGACACCGACACCGACAGCGACACCGACGCCCGGCGACGAGAAGAGUCCGGACUCGCAAGAGGACAUUCAGGUACCGAAGCCUAUCACCAACGAAGAAUUUCAGGCCAUGAUCCCCGCUCACUUCCUACGACCCCCGACAAACUCCUCGCCCUCACCAGAUUCCUCCCAAAAGGGACCCACCGUCACCGUGACGAUCAAGCAGCCCGACGCUCUGCCCGGGGACGUUAAUUUCCCCCCGGCGCCAAAGACUAUUGGUAAAGUUACGGAAACCAUCACAAAGAGCACUCUCACGGAGACUGUCGUGACGCGCGUCACCGACAACCAGCUGGUGAGGCCGGUCAUAAUCGAGGAUGUCAUUCUCGUUAAGGAGGGAUCACUUGGCUUUAGUAUAAUUGGAGGUACCGAUCAUUCGUGUACGCCUUUUGGAGCAAAGGAGCCGGGAAUUUUCAUUUCCCACGUCGUUCCCGGUGGUAUAGCUGCCAAGUCCGGAAAGUUGCGAAUGGGUGAUAGAAUAUUAAAGGUCAAUGGGACCGAUAUAACCAAAGCGACGCAUCAAGAGGCUGUGAUGGAAUUACUGCAACCGGGAGAUCAGAUAAUCUUAACUGUUCAGCAUGAUCCAUUACCAGAAAAUUAUCAGGAACUUUUGAUAAUAAAAGAUCCUGGUGAGAAACUAGGCAUGCAUAUCAAGGGUGGACUGAAGGGACAAAGAGGAAAUCCGCUUGAUCACACCGAUGAAGGAGUUUUUAUUUCUAAAAUCAACUCUGGUGGAGCGGCUAAGAGGGACGGGAGAUUAAAAGUUGGAAUGCGAUUGUUGGAAGUUAAUGGUACAUCGCUUCUCGGUGCAACUCAUCAAGAAGCUGUUAACAUUUUACGUAGUUCCGGAAAUACAAUUACACUCGUGGUGUGCAAAGGGUACGACAAAAAUGAAAUUGACCAAAAUUAUUUAAUUUCGGGUAGAGAUUCAAAGGAGUCAAAGACAUCCUCUAAAGAAUCCAAAGAUACUAUCACAGUUGAAGAUGCCAAAUCCUUGUCGCAGAGUGUUUCUAGUCUAGAUAGAGACGACGAAGAAGCGGCGACUUUGCGUCAAGAACAAGAAAUGAAGGCGGAAUUAGUCGCUUGGGAACAAGAAGAACGCGAACGUGCUCUAUUGGAAUUUAGAGAAAAAACUACGCCCGAAAAGGUUUUGGAUGUUGUAAGGGCAGCGGAAUCAUUAGUUAAUAAGCCUAAUAGUCCAGUCGAUUCGACGACUCCGAUUCCACCAAAAUCUCCCGGUGGAACGAAAGAUCUGAAAACCACGACUAUUGUUAUGAGUAAACAUACCUUAGCUCCACAAACUCCCCCGCCAAGUGCCGCGACGCCGUGCCCAAGAAGGAACGACUACGGAACCCUGGUGGACAGCCCGACGACGACGACGACGGCUACGCGCGUCUUCGUCUUCCCCGCUGCACAGCAAAGCCGACAGCAGUCUCAAUCCCAUUCGCAGUCCCAGGAGCGGCCCCGACAUCAACACCAACAUCAACAGCAGCAACAACAACACCACCAACACCAACGCCACCACCAUCAACAACAACAACAACAACAACAACAUCAGCAGCAUAAUUACCACGAGCAACAACAUCAGCAGCAUCAAUACCACGAGCAACAACAUCAGCAGCAUCAUCAAAAGCAUCAAUACCACGAGCAGCAACAGCAGCAACAGCAACAGGAGCAACAUGUAGUGACCGUACCGCAAACGCUGCUCUCACCGAAGAAGAAGCGUGGCAUCAGCUUCGCCAGCCUCCCCUCCCCCUACCGCAGCAAGCCCACGGCCAGCGGGGUCCCGACGGGCUACCGGGUGAGUCCGGCCCAGCAGAGGCUGCCUCCGACAGCCCUCACCGGGCCCGAGCCCCCCCCGGUCGUCACGGGCUGCAGCCCCGUUGGCCAGCGGCAGAUCGCACGCUCUGUCCGCGCCACGACCCUUCUUCCCAAGGUUGAGCCUCCUCCUCUAUCGACUUCGUCGCCAACUCCGAUUCCGCCAAAAUUAUCCGUCAGCGAUAGAAAAAGGUUGUUCGAGAAUGCUAUGGAGGAACAUUUAAAACCUUCUCCCAAACCUGAUAAGGUCUUCAGCUUCUUAAGUCAAGACGAAGUAGAAAAAUUGAAGCAGGAAGAAGAAAAGAAGAUAGCGACAUUGACGAGAGACGAGUUAAAAUCGUGGGCACAGAUCGAUGAAAACGAGGGAUUAGACGACGAUGAUACAAUUGAAGAUCAUGAUAAUAGAAGGCCAAAUAGUCGAUUGAGCUCGCGAACUGCGAUACCGAUUCUUCAGAAUGUGCCCAACAUUGUGAGGACGGCGAAAGCGGAACGUCGGCUAAAAGAACGGAUGAUUCAAGAGGGCUUACUUUCCGACGAGGAGGACGAGAGUCACCUGACACCGGCCGAGCAGAGGGCUCUCAGGGCGGAGAAACGAGCGGCUUGGAGACAGGCGCGACUCAAGUCUCUGGAGCAGGAUGCGCUGCAAGCACAGCUUGUAAUAAAGAAGAUGAGCGAGAUGAUGGACACGUCGACAAAGUUGGGCACGUCGAAGGAUAACGUGGAUAGUAAAGAUCAAAUAUCGGAGCUGGAAAAAGUACCGGAGUUUUCGACAUUAAGGCCGUCUAGCGCGGAUUUCCCGAAGCUUGCUGUGCGCAGCAAGCUGGGCCCCCCCAAAGCUGUGCGCGAGUCCGAGAAAGUAGUCGACGAGAAGGUGACGCGGCGCACCGAGGAGUACGUCGACGAGGCGACCGGCGAGUGCCGCGUUAGAACCGUCGAAUACGUCGAGAAGCUGAUCGAGCGCGAGGUACCUUGAUUGACGACGUCCAUGAACACGACCACCACGCACCUUUAUUGCCUGUACAAUCAAUAGAACAUUACUCCACGGAUUGCUCUGAUCUACGCACCGAACUCACCGUUCUUACUUCGCUGCCCGUCUCGUGCGCGCAUGAGUUCG